AUGCUUUCGAAUAAAACCAAUGCUGGGGUUCCCAAAAGCUCAGUUAGCACACUUUUCAAGCGAACAGAAGUAAUCGGGCGAGGAAAGUUCGGCAUUGUCUACAAAGGUUAUUACAUCAAGACGAACAGGGUUUGUGCUAUCAAAGUGCUGAAUCUUGACUCUGCUGAUGAUGAGGUUGAAGAUGUGCAAAAGGAGGUACAGUUCUUGUCUUCCCUAAAGCAAGUACCGAACAUCACGCACUACUACGGUUCCUACUUAAACAAUACAGAACUAUGGGUAAUCAUGGAAUACUGCGCAGGCGGAUCUUUAAGGACGCUGCUCCGGCCCGGUAAAAUCGGCGAACAGUAUAUCGGGGUCAUUAUGCGCGAACUGUUGAUCGCGUUAAUGCACAUUCACAAGGACGGUGUUAUUCACCGUGACAUCAAGGCGGCAAAUGUGCUUAUUACCAAUGAUGGGCAUAUCAAACUGUGUGACUUUGGGGUCGCGGCACAGCUUUCUCAAACCAAAAUCCGACGCCAAACAAUGGCGGGUACGCCUUACUGGAUGGCACCUGAAGUGAUAAUGGAAGGCGUCUACUACGAUACGAAAGUUGAUAUAUGGUCACUAGGCAUAACCGCAUACGAGAUCGCCACAGGAAACCCACCAUAUUGUGAUGUUGAAGCGCUUCGAGCAAUGCAGCUUAUUACAAAGUCUAAGCCGCCAAGGCUAGAAGGAAGGCAGCACUCUAGUGCUUUGAAAGAGUUUAUUGCAUUAUGUCUUGAUGAAGAUCCGAAAGAACGGCCUUCGGCCGAGGAAUUACUCAAGACUAAGUUUAUCAGGCUGCAUAAGAAUGUGUCUGCAUCAAUUUUAAAGGAGCUUAUAAGUCGGUAUCUUCUGCACAGAGACAAGCAUUCCAGAAGAGAGUCUAGCACCUCAGGUUUAGAGGAAGAUGAGUCAGGUAAAGUUGACGGUAGUGAGCUCUUCGGCGAUUCCAACGAACUCGAUGUCAAAUGGGAUUUUGAUUCGUUGAGCUCCAACGAAUACAUUAUUGAAAAUGACAUCAACAUAGACGCAAUUCCUGAAGAGACAACUCCUAAUGAACAUUUUAGUUACGCAUAUCCAGAGGAUGACUUGCUUUACCAGUCGAACCAAAAGUUUUACCACGGGACCACGAUGGGCAAAGGCCACACGAACGUGACAAUGAAUAACUCCACCAUUCAGGCAUCCAACAACAACAACGCAACUUAUAAUAACACUACUUCGAACUAUCAAAGCAAGCACACUCUCCCCAACACAAGCAAAAAUUCUGAAACUAAAGCGUCUAAAGCUCUUUUGCAGCUAUUCGAGGAUGGGGACGAUAACUCCACAGACGUUGACUACGCUAGGUCAGCUUCUGCUCUUGCAGGAAAACAUGCUGACGAUAAUCUCAAAUCCGCAACACCACUGCCUGAUCGGGGCCAACAUCCAGACGCAUUCAAAGGGCCCAUCUACCAUAGUCAGAGUACUCCUUCUCUCCCAAUGCUUCAAACGAAUUUCAGUCAGCCCGUAAUUUUGGGGCCUCCAAGUUCCACUGCUUUGCCUACUCCUAUAGAAAUUGAAAUUCCGGAAGAAUUGCCAUUCGCCAAAGAAAAUAUGGGAUCGUCUAUCACAAAGCCGCGUUCCUCGACGGUUUCGGUGCCAAACAACAAGCCCAGCCCACUUAUUCAGCGCAGACCAACAAUCACUGGAGGCAUGGGUUCGAGCGCGCUUUCACGCAACGACUCAGGCUUGUCUGGGUCCACCAUGAAGACACUUCAGGAAGACAAGCAGAGACUCAUGGCUCCUUCUUCAAAUGGUAUUAAUAACAAACCCGGCGUUAGAAGCAGCUCUCCAAUGAAGCUUGGUAACACUGCUUCGCCAAAAAAACCACUUCCCGUAACGCCGUCCACGAGCUCAGCUCCACUAGCGAUGAAACCAGUACCUGGAGAAAAAUCGGAUAUGUUGUUGAAACCACUCAAUGGCGAUGAUAGCGAGGCGGGUCGCACUCGUAUUAAUCGCGACUUCAAGCGUCAGAAUCCCAACCUGAAGCUGCAAAUGCCGUCGCCAACAUCACUUGUUCCUAAUAAGCUCCUUGAAAAUCCAAGUGUGCUAUCCAAUAAUCCAGAUGAUGCAAACAUAAAUCAGUUUGGUUUCAACACGAGCACAGCAACCCUCCCUGUCGCGAUGACCCCUGUCGUUGAGCGUAACAUUGAUCUCAUGAAACGUAAGCCAAGCUGCGGUGCGAGUACCGGCAACGCUAGCAGAAGCAGCAGUGUCUCCCAAGAGGCAGGGAGCGCCGCGAGCAGCUCAACAGCAGCGCCGAGCGCUCUACCACAACCGUCUAAUACGGCUUCUAUUCCAUCGGCUGUUAGCUCGGCGCCAGCAAAUGCUGCGCUGAUUGCGCCGGCCCCUUCUCUAACAAUGGAAAGGCCACCUAGGCAACUACAGAUGGACAUGUUCCUUGACUUUCCAGACGACUUGCCCUCUGCUGAGGACUCCAGCGACCACCACCCUGACCGCAAAUUUUUGGUUUUACGAGAGCUGGACUCUUUACUAAAAACAGUGGAGGAUGGGCUUCCAGUCAUGGAACAUGCUCUCAAAGAAGCUUUUGCCAAAACUACAACUCCUGGUGAGAAGUAG